AUUUAUUGGACAAUAUAUUUUCAUCGGUGACUGUACGGUCGAUGUCGUACAGUCAUUCGAACGAACUUUAAUUGACGUCUCGUCAAAUACAUCUUCGUUUGUUUAAAUUAAUGCAAAGAGUGAAUAGUUAAAUAAUAAAAAAUAAACUAUCACGUGAUAAUAAAACAUAAGAUGUAAUUUCACGUAUAACAAUCAUGCAAUCUUCUCAAUCACCAAUAACGUUAAAUUCGUACAUUUGGAGGUUAGUUCGUAGCGUGACAAAAUAAUCUCCACGGAGACUGUACAGCUGAAGUUGUAUUGACCGCGGUGUUUUCUCCGCGAGGAUACGUUUCAUCGAAAGAAAAAAAGGAAAGGAAAAAAUACACGCAUACACAAACGUGACAGAACAGAACAGAAGAAGAAAAAAAAGAGAGAAAGAAAGAAAAUAGUAAAACACAGUGGUAUAUACUUUAACCGGUUAAAUGUAAAAGCCCGAUCACACACACACACAGAAAGAUUGUCUACGUUGUGAGAUGAUUUUAGUGCGCGUUAAAAUGUCCGAUAAGAUUGACGUGAAUUAAAAAGAAAAACAAAAAGUAUUCUUCCUUUUUUAUUUCGAUUUAUUUAUUUAUCAUUUCGACGUCUGUCUGUCAAAGUUUCGUCUCAAAUCAUCGAAGCGCAGAGAGCAUCACGAUGACGAAAACGAAAAAGAAGAAAUAUUUCAUAAUUCAUUUUAUUGCAUCCAAGUGACAAUGAUGUUUAGAUUAUCGCAUAAGUAUUCGAAUUUAAUUAUAAGAUACAUGAUACGCGAUUUGCAUUAUCUAUGUCAUCCUUAUUUUCGAACGAUAAGGACAAAUUCGGAUAAACUUGUUGUUCUGGUGAUAUGUACAGCCAUUUGUCACGUGGUUCCCUCCUACUUUUAUAAUACGUCACUUGUCGCGUGAAAUUUGAAAUUUUUUCUCCCACUAACGUUAUCUCCCUUCUUUAACCCUUUCUCUUUUUCCUCUUGAAAUUAUUUAAAAAGAAAGUUAAUAUAACAACAAUGGGUAAAACAAGAGGGGUGCAUGAAACCACCCCAGAAUUAAGAAACCGAAUGGUUGGAAUGUACGAGGCUGGUUUGGGAUUAAGAGAAAUUGCUGCUGCUGUUAAUUGUUCGCAACGUACAGUCAAAAGAUGGCUCAAUCGAUUCGAUAAAGAAGGCAAUGUGGAAACCAGAGAACGUUGUGGUCGUAAGAGAGCUACAACAGCAGAACAAGAUGAAGCGAUAAUCAAGCUUGCUACCCAAACACCUUUGACUGCUGCUAAAGCUGUACUUCCAGCUUUAGGACUCACCUGUUCUGUUGAUACUGUACGAGAAAGAUUGCAUAAAGCUGGAAUUCAUAGUUGGACGCCGUCUAGGAAAUAUAUGCAAAGGAUUCCACUCGGAAAUGAUGCAGAUGGUGCAGCUAUUCAACAAGCUGUAUGGAGACCUACAGGUACUCAAUUGGGAAAAAAGAAAUCUAAUAAAGAUUCCACCAAGAACGACAAAAGUAUACAAAAAAAGAAAAAUCCUCCACGUAAAGUUAGAACCAGAGAUAUUUAUGUCGGCGAUGGUGCACCUGUAGAAAAUUUAAAACAAUCUACUGAACAGCAGCAACAGCAACAACAAGAAUUUGGAUUCGUGCAACAAAAUAUUCCUCAAGAACAAACCAAUGAAUUACAAAAUACUACUCAAGCAUUACCUGACAAUCAAACAGAAUUUAACAAUGGAUUGACUAUGAGUCAACAACCGCAACCUAUGUAUCAACAUCCUAGUAUGAAUAUCGCACAAAAUAAUUGGCCCCUCGAUCUUGUACAAGGCAGCCAUCAUUAUCCACAAGGUCAACCAACUACUGUAAAUCAUAAACCGAUGGCACCUCAACACCAACUUCAAGAGCUCCAUAGUCAAGGAGAGCAACAUCACAUGCAACAAGUGCAGCAACAGCAGGCUCAACAAAGAUUGCAGGAAGAUGCCAGUAUUCAUCAUUCGAAAUUUGAUUCUCAGCAAGCACAAAUUCAAGUGGAUCAUCAGGCCCAACAACAGCAGGAACAAAACCUACAAUCAAAAUUAUCUAAUCCUGUGAAUAACACAAGUAUCGGUUCGGAUAGUUCAAAUUCUUGUAGUUCUCUUGAAAGUAAUCAACUAUCGAAUACAGAUAGUGUACAAGUUGAUGAUAUGUCAAAAGGAGAAAGUAAACAUUCAGAAAGACAAAAGAGAAAAAAGAAAGGUGGUAAAGCAAAAGGGACGCUGGAAACUAGUGUAGAAAUUAGAAACCGUAUGAUCGGAAUGUCGGAAGCAGGACUAUCUACAUUAUCCAUUGCAUUAGCAAUUGAUAGAUCGGAGCGUACUGUUAAAAGAUGGCUAGAACGUUGGCAUAAAGAAGGAAAUGUACAAACAAAAGAAAGAAAAGGCCGUCGUAGAAUUACAACUAAGGAACAAGACGAAGCUAUAGUCGCUAUGGCUACUCAAAAUCCAUUAACUGCAGCAAAAUACGUGGCUCCUGCUUUAGGAUUGAAAUGUAGUGUAGAUACAAUUAGAGAACGUCUUCAUAAAGCAGGAAUACAUAGUUGGAAGCUUGGAAAAAAACAAGGAGAAGGAAAUGCAGUUCAUACAGUUCAUCUUUGGCAAGCUAGCGGUAAUCGUCUUAAUAAACCAAAAACUCCUGGAGAUAAGAAAAAGAAAUCGAAUGAUAAUAAAAAAAGAGAUCAUUCAACGAGUAAUAUACAAAAACGAAUAUCUAGGAAAAAGAAAUCUGAUCCUGUUCCUUUGAAAGUUGUACCACCACCACCAACAAAUAUGGUUCCUGAGCCAACUCCUAUGCCUUUUCAUAAUCCGACAACAAUGCCAAAUUAUGUUGCUAGUAGUAACAUAUUGCAGCCCGUUCAUAACAUCUCAGCUCCUCCACCAUCAAUUCCUCAACCGCAACCACCACCACCACCACCUCCAGGUCCACCACCAGGACCACCAUCAAUGCAACCAAUGGGUCCUAUAAUGCAACAAAGACCAGAUUGUAGAUUAGCUCCUAUUGUUCCACCUGUAUCUACUCAAGGUAAUUCCAAUGCAGUUUAUGCAUCAUGUUUGGUGGCGAAUAAUAAUCACACAGGUCAUAUGGAACAACCUGAUCCUUUAAAUUAUGAACCGUACAUUUGGAGCUUUUAAAAUACGUAGUAUCUUUUACUAUAAGUUUGUUAAUAUUUAUAUAUUUCUUUACUUAUAGCGAAUCUCUUUCUAUCUCUCUCUCUCUCUUCCGAUUAGA